UGAACAUCGAUAGUUUUCCACCCCCACCUGACAUAACAACAAUCGAGCGAAAUUAUGAAUAAAUGUUUUAAAUCCCAACACCGGAUAUUACUCUCCCAGUUGAAAUUGCCGCGAUGCUAUGCCACCGCAGUACAGAAGGAACCGCCACCCCCCGCCUCACAGAAGCCAAAGGCCCGAAUCCAAAUCGUUGGAGGGUUGGUCCACAAGCCGGAUCCUACAUCAGUCAACUGCGACUACAUAGGGCCGCCGGAUGCCCAGUCGAAUCUACGGCCGUACGUUAGGCACUACGGUGACCAAGAGACGGAGCUGGCCAAGAAGCUGCGUCUGAAGCGCAUCGAAGUCGAGGCCUGGAACAUGGACUUCUGGACGAGGCACAACAAGCGCUUUUACGAGGAAAAGGACGACUUCAUACGCCUGCACAAGGAGGGUGAGACCGAGGUCUCCGCCGAUCGCAUGAGCGAGUUCUACAAGUCGUUCCUCGACAAGAACUGGCGCAUCCACUUGAUGUACAACAUUUCCUGGUACCUGAAGAAUUUCGACAUCCUCACAUUGGCCGCUGGCGUGCAGGUGCAGAGGCUUCUGUCCCGGGCCAAGCGGCGAUCCGAAACGAGUCAGCAGUCCUGACUCCAAAAUUAUUCCCCGGAACGUGUACAGUCAGUCCCCAUCUUAUCCGCCCUUUUUUAAUUGUUUUUUUUUUUUUAAACAUUAUUGUGUAUCCUGUGUAACUAGCAAUUGCGAUAAAACUAAAGUCUAGUACAUAAA